CCUUCGAAUAUGAUCCGUGUCCGAAAGGCCCAAAUUGGCCCGGUCCACAAGGAGAGAGCAAUUUCAAACUCCAUCAGAUUCGGAGGAAUCUGGCGCGUUUUAUCGUAUGUCUAUAGAUUGUCCUCCGGAUCGUAAACCCUGUUCCUCCUAUAUCCCCCAAACCCGGUGAAAGGACAGGGAAUCAAUUACCCAAAUUCUCCCAAAUGCAGAAUCAGAAGCAGGUAAUAUGCCCCGAAAACGAAGAGCUUGUAUCCUAUAUGUUGAUGAAGAGGCAAGAAUUGGCCGAAAAGCCCAAAGGGAUAAAAGAAAACGUAGACGUGAUUCUCUCUAAGGCUUGCAACAGUGUGUGCAGCGCAAAGACUCCAAUCAAAACUCUCAAGGACUUAUCUCAGAUUAAGUGUGUAGGUAAAUGGGUUCUCAAAUUAAUGCAAGGGUUUUUUGAUAGUGGUUCAGGAAUUUCUGAACCAGAAGACUUCACCAAAAAGGUUAAGAGAGCCAAGGGAGCAAAACGUUAUGUGCCACAAAAAAAUUCUGUUGCAUAUGCAUUGUUGAUUACCCUUUAUAGGGGGACUUCCAAUGGCAGUGAGUUUAUGCGUAAACAGGAGCUUAUUGAUGCAGCCGAAGCGAGUGGGCUAUCCAGGGCUUCUAUUUUGCCGGAAAAAGGAAAAGGGAAAGCUGCACAAUUUGGAAGUUCUCCUAGGGACUGGUACAGUGGAUGGAGCUGCAUGAAGACAUUGAUAUCUAAAGGAUUAGUUGUUAAAUCAAGUUGCCCUGCAAAGUAUAUGCUGACUGAGCAAGGGAAGGAAGCAGCUUGUGAAUGUCUUUUGAGAUCUCGUCUGUUGGAUGAGGGUUCAACUAAUGUGGAAGUUCUUUCUGAUUUGGACGUGAACAUUGUAUCUAAUCUAGAGUCUGCUCUCCCUGAUUCAACUGCACCAGUGAUAUCUUCAUCUGCUGUUUUAAGAACGAAGAAGAAAUCAAGUGAUGUUCCUCUGGAAUCUCUUGAAAGGUUUAUGCGCAUGGGAUACACUAAGGAACAAGUACUUGAUGCAUUCGCUGCAGUUUCAGAAACUUCCUUGAACAAGGAGAUCUCUUCACUCUGGCCGGCAGUUUUAUGUCAUCUUCGAGAGGAUCAGGUUUAUGGCCUCCAUUCAGAACCUCAAACUCUGAGAAAGGGUCAAGUAGAUCUUGUUGGUAAUCAGAGUGUUAGGAUGAAUUUGACUGCUGAUGGUGGAAAUAUGCCAAAUUUGCAUUCUGUCUGCUAUGUACCUCAUGCUUCUACCUUGAAAACUUGCUCAUCAUCUGUUUGUCCUGCAAAGAAGUUGAGCUUGGGUGACCUGGAAGCAAACUUGAACAUUUUAAGCAUGCCGCCUCUGAGCUUAGGGGAAAGAUUUGAGGAUGUGUAUGAAGUAAUACUGAUACUGGAUGACAGAGAGCAGUUUGCUAUUCAGGGGUUGGUAUUUGGAAGCAUGCUUAGCUCCACUUGGUCAAAGUACUGGAAACUUAUUGAGAGCAUUUGCAAAGAACAUAAAAUUAAAAUAGUGGUUAGGCGGUUGCCUGUUGGGGAUGCAAUCUGGAUAGCUUGCCAGAAGUAUCUGCACUGUGAAUACGUGCUUGAUUUUAUUGUUGAGAGGAAAAAAGUUGAUGACUUGCGCUCUUCGAUCAGGGAUAAUCGCUAUAAAGAUCAGAAACUGAGGCUCCUGAGGUGUGGACUUAAGAAGCUGAUAUAUCUUGUGGAAGGUGAUCCAAAUUCCUCUGAAGCAGCUGAAAGCAUCAAAACAGCUUGUUUUACAACAGAAAUUCUGGAAGGAUUUGAUGUCCAGAGAACAAGUUGCUUGCGUGAUACCCUGAAGAAGUAUGGUUAUCUCACUCGGUCAAUAACUCAAUAUUAUGGGGCACAGCUGCUUGAUUAUGAGCCCAAAGGUGCUGGGAUCUGUCCUACGUUUGAUGAAUUUAUCAAAAGGUGCCAGGACCUGGAGAAAAUGACGGUCAGUGAUGUAUUUGCCAUUCAGCUCAUGCAGGUUCCACAAGUAACAGAGGAAAUUGCCAUUUCCGUUCUAGAUCUGUAUCCAACCAUCAUAUCUCUUGCCCAUGCCUAUUCUCUUCUUGAUGGUGAUACCAGUGCGCAAGAGGAGAUGCUUCGGAAGCAGAGUAACAAUGCUAUUAAUGCCGCUGCUAGUAGGAAUAUCUUCCGAUUGGUUUGGGGGCAAUGACCAGUGAGUUUCGUAGUAAGCAAAUGGACUUGGGUUUCUGGAAGCAAAAGCUAUUUGCUUCAUUAUUGAUGUAGUUUUGCGGAACAAUGUAAAUAAGAUUACAUUUAGUUAUUAUUAGGACAUGAUCAUUGAGCAGCAAUCUGUUUAUUUGUGGUUGAGGCAUUUUUUCCAUUUUAUAGGUUCAUGACAGUAAAAUUUGUUCAAAAAUCUAAAUUAAUGAUUAUUUUCGACC